CAAAAGGAUCCACACAAAGGAAAAGCCAUUUCAAUGCAUGGAGUGUGGACAGGCCUUUGCUCAAAGAGGUAAUCUUAUUCGCCAUAAGGUGAUCCACAAAGGGGAGAAGCCAUAUAAAUGCAUGGAGUGUGGAAAGACCUUUGCUUAUGGUAGUGGACUUACUAUGCACAAAAGGAUCCACACAGGGGAGAAGCGAUAUAAAUGCAUGGAGUGUGGAAAGACAUUUUCUCAGAGCGGUGGACUUAGUUGCCACAAGAAGAUCCACACGGGGGAGAAGCCGUAUAAAUGCAUGGAGUGUGGAAAGACCUUUGCUCAAAGAGGCCAUCUUAUUCGCCAUAAGGUGAUCCACAAAGGGGAGAAGCGAUAUAAAUGCAUGGAGUGUGGAAAGACCUUUGCUUAUAGUAGUGGACUUACUAUCCACAAAAGGAUCCACACAGGGGAGAAGCGGUAUAAAUGCAUGGAGUGUGGAAAGACCUUUGCUCAAAUUUGUAGUCUUAUUUCCCAUAAGAUGAUCCACAUAGGAGAAAAGCCAUUUAAAUGCAUGGAGUGUGGAAAGAGCUUUGUUCAGAAUGGUAGAUGUCUCAUAAAAGAAUCCACACUUGGGAGAAACUAUGCAGCAAUAGCAAUUCCACUUAGACUUAUAUUGCACUCCACAAUGCUUUACAAUUUACAAAGUUCAGCAUAUGGUCCCCAGCAAUCUGGGUCCUCAUUUUACACCGCCUCUGAAGGAUAG